AUGGUGAGCAAGAUCAAAAGUUUGGAGAAGAAGGUUUCUGGUUCUUCAAGCAAGAAGAAGAAGUCCAAGGCCCCCACAUUCCCUAGGAGUAGAUCUCUCUCACCACUCCAAGGAGGCUCCCUGCCCAAGAGCCUCACAGAGCCUCUUCUUUCGAGCCAAGGGAAGGAGAAGACAACACGCAGAGAAGGAGGAAGACUUCCAAGGCCAGACGCUCCAGCUCGACCACCGGACUCGAUCGAGUCCAAACAGAGGAAACUCAACUCGAUCGAGCUGACGGUCGAGUUGACCUGGAGGAGCCCCAGUUCGAGAACCCGGGAUUCGAGUACGAUCCAGCCUUACCAGGACUCCCCGGAGUAG